CUUCACGCUUCUGCCCGCAAUUCGGACGGCGCGUGGGAACAUGUUUCCUCAACAUCCCCGCUGGGCAAUCGGCAGCAUCGGGGCUAUAUACAGUAGAUCACGCUCCGUACAAGACACCCAUCCCGCCCUCGUCGUCGUAGGAGUAACAGCUCACGUCUAGGCGGUAUCUGCAACAUCCGUUCUCCAUACGUAUUCCCUCAAAACCUCCCGCAAAAUGCUCUCCCGCUUCAACAGUUACGCGAAAACCCUCAAAGAGAGCCUGGCAGACGCCGCCACGUCCUUCGAAACCGAACAAAAGAACUUCCUCUCCUCCCGCAGAGAAAAAGAUGGCGGGGUCUUCACCGAACCAAAAGAAGAGGUUGCGCUUUUGCCCGACGUCGUCGUCGCUACGCCGGCGCAGACGUCGAACUUUCUGAAGGGGUUGUUGACGAAGGCGGUGGCGAUACCGGGGGAGAUUGUUAAGGAGUUGAGUGCGGAGGUGUUGGUGGGAGGGGAGGGUGCAACUGCGGCGGGAGGGGAGGAGAAGGAGGUUGGUGGGGAUGAGGCGCGGGUGGAGGAGGGGGUGCGGUUACCGUGGGAUGGAGCGGAGGAUGCGGAUUUGCUGAGACGGGCUGUGCAGGCUUUGUCCAAGCAACCAGCCAUCUUCCUUGAAGAGGUACCAUCCGACGUCCCAUUCGACUUUGACCUAGAAGCCUCCUACCCGGUAAUCAUGGAACUCCUGAAACUUGAUGAAGAACUAGGACGGACGCGAUUCCGUUUAGUCCCCAGAAAGAUAAAAGAACCCCAGUUCUGGCAACGGUUCUUUUACCAAGUGCAUCUCCUGCAAACACUCCCGCUAGCCGAACUAGAAUCCAAGAUGGCAACACAUGUGGAAAGUCUCGCAGACGUUGAGGCAACGGAAAGGAUGCUCGGGACAACUGUGGUCACGGCACCAGCACACGCGGCCACCUCCGACUCUAUCGCGGCAUUGGCAACACCAGACAAAACCACGGAACCAGACAUCCUCUUCGCCGCACCACCACUCUCCGACAGCCCCGAACCGGCCCGCAAACGCCAAACACCUCCACCACCAGCAGCAACCGAACCGGAGGGUGAGUUGCCGUCUGCCCAGGAUCUGAGGGAUGCGCAUGUGCCUGUACCGCAGAAUUUGGAGGAUGGGAACUACGACGAUGAGGACUUUGCCCACGAAGAGUUUGUGAGUGAUAUGUACGAUGGGGAGUGGCAGGAGGACUAAGGUGGGGUUUUGGGUAUUGUUGCUGCGGCUUUUUCAGC